CCCGCCGGUCUGGCUGAUCCUUUCUUCCUGAGCGUUGCUCGGGUGGCCCCCGCACGUGCGGUGCCGCCUUUGUCGCCCCCAUGGCAUCCGCCGCGGCCCCUCCUGCGGCCCUGAGCGCCGAGCAGGCUAAGGUGGUCCUGGCCGAGGUGAUCCAGGCGUUCUCCGCCCCGGAAAACGCCGUGCGCAUGGACGAGGCCCGAGACAACGCGUGCAACGACAUGGGCAAGAUGCUGCAGUUCGUGCUGCCGGUGGCCACGCAGAUCCAGCAGGAGGUCAUCAAAGCGUACGGUUUCAGCUGCGACGGGGAAGGUGUCCUGAAGUUUGCCCGCCUGGUCAAGUCCUACGAAGCCCAGGACCCCGAGAUCGCCAGCCUGUCGGGCAAGCUGAAGGCCCUGUUCCUGCCGCCCAUGACGCUGCCGCCGCACGGGCCCGCGUCGGGGGGCAGCGUGGCCGCCUCCUGAAAACGCCGGCGCCGUCCCCCCACCCCAGCCCUGGAAGAGGAGCCGCCG